GCCUUGUUCUCCUAAUCCUUUUCCACUUCCAUUCUUCUGAUUCAUCAACACUUCAAUCUUCUUUUAUUUAUUUUUUGUGUGUGCUUUCAACUUACCAAAGUGAAUGGCGGCAACAACCACCACUGAUGGCGGAGGAGGCGGCGGAGGAGGAGAGGAUAGGGUUCUUGCGACCGCACAGCAGAUCCUCAAGAGCCUGAACACUCCCAAAGAUGUUCGUGAAGACAUGCUCCUCAUCUUCUCCAGCUUCGACAACCGUCUCUCUAACAUCACCGAUAUUGUCCACCGCGACGACGACGGCGCCGCUGCCAUCGCCGCCGAGGAGCUUGAACGAUUCGAGGCUGCUGAGAAGCUCAUCCUCCGCUGGGACUCUUCCCUCUCCAGCGACCCCCACUCCGCCUCAUCGCUCCUCCUCGAUUCCGCCGAUGAUGCCGCCGAUUAUUUCUCCGCAGUCGAUGACGUCAUCCACUGGAUGGAACAGCUCAACCUUGCCCCUCCACCUCCGCCGUCAUCCUCCGCCGGUAACCGCCACCGGAUUGAGAUGGACCGCACCGAGAACGCGAUCCAGCUCGCUAUGACGCGCCUCGAGGACGAGCUCCGCCACCUCCUUGUCAGGAACACCGUUCCUCUUGACGCGGAGAGCCUCCACGGUUCCAUACGCCGUGUCUCCCUCUCCUUCACUGACGGCGGCACCGUCGACGAAAAUCUCGAGAGCUUCGGUGAGGUCAACGACCAAGGCGGCGACUCCCAGCGGUUCCACGAGCGCGGCGCCAGCCUCGGCGACGACAUCUCUGUCGAUCUCCUCCGCGCUGACGCGGUGGCGGAACUUAGAGAAAUCGCUGAUCGCAUGGUUAGGUCAGGUUACGAGAAAGAGUGCCUUCAGGUAUAUAGUAGUGUUCGUCGUGAUGUUUUGGAUGAAUAUUUAUCAAUUCUUGGUGUUGAGAAAUUGAGCAUUGAAGAGGUUCAAAGAGUUGAAUGGAAGAGUUUAGAUGAAAAAAUGAAGAAAUGGAUUCAGGCUGUUAAGAUUUCUGUUAGGGUUCUUCUCACUGGAGAGAAGAGGAUUUGUGAUAGCGUUUUUGGUGAAUUAGAUGAGAUUAGAGAGAUCUGUUUCAAUGAGACUGCCAAAGGUUGUGUUAUGCAGUUGCUGAAUUUCGGUGAGGCCGUCGCAAUUUGCAAGCGGUCGCCGGAGAAAUUGUUUAGGAUCUUGGACAUGUAUGAGGCAUUGAAGGAUGCCCUGCCUGAACUUGAGAAUAUGAUCACUGAUGGGUUUGUGAUUGAUGAGGCCAAUGGGGUGUUGAAGAUGCUUGGUGAGGCUGUUAAGGGGACUUUUGCUGAGUUUGAGAAUUGUCUUAGAAAUGAGAGUUCUAAGAAGCCGGUUAUAACCGGGGACGUUCAUCCAUUGCCCCGGUAUGUGAUGAAUUACUUGAAGUUGCUUGUGGAUUAUGGUGAGCCUAUGGACUCGCUUUUAGUGAUUAGCGACGAGGAUCUUAUCCGGUUACAAGAUAGUUUUGGCGGCAAUAGCUCUCAGACAGAGAACAUCUCACCCUUGGGGUGCCGAAUGGUAUUGUUGAUUUCAGAGCUUGAGAGUAACCUUGAGGAGAAAUCUAAGCUUUAUGAAGAUAGCGCGUUACAAUGUAUAUUUUUGAUGAAUAACAUCCAUUACCUGGUGAGAAAGGUGAAGGGACCGGAUCCUCGGAAGGACUCAGAUCUUCGGAAGUACUCGGAUCUUCAGAAUGUCUUGGGAGACGAUUGGGUUCGCAAGCGGCGCGGUCAGGUGCGCCAGUAUGCGACGGGAUACCUGAGAGCCUCUUGGACCAAGGCUUUGUCCUGUUUGAAGGAUGAAGGGAUUGGAGGAAGCUCUAACAAUGCAUCAAAGAUGGCUUUGAAGGAGAGGUUCAAGAACUUCAAUGCAUGCUUUGAGGAAAUAUAUAGGAUUCAGACGGCGUGGAAGGUACCGGACCCACAACUCCGGGAAGAACUCAGAAUCUCUAUAUCAGAGAAGGUGAUUCCGGCAUACCGGUCAUUCGUGGGGCGGUUUCGGAGUCAGCUCGAGGGAAGACAUGCCGGGAAGUACAUUAAAUAUACACCAGAGGACUUGGAGGCCUAUUUAUCGGAUUUGUUUGAAGGAUCACCUGCUGUAUUGCACCAUAUAAGGAGGAAGAGUCAAUAGGGUAUAGGAUCUUCAUAACAGGUGAAGUUCAUUUUGUGAAGGAUUAGAUGAUAAAAUAUCCUGUGUCAUAUGUAUCUUAUUGUAUCUGGAUAGGUGUUUAUUACCUGUGUUAAUGUUAAAAAGAAUGGGAUUUUUGUGAA